CCGAAUUUAACGAGUUUAUUUUACUUAUUAUUAGCGGAAUUGGAUUUUCAUAGUCAUCAUCAAUAUUAAUAAUUAUUUAAAUUCAUUCUCAUCAUCAGAAUAAUAUACUAUAUAUACAUAUAAUAAUUUAAUUUAAUAAUGGUUUAUACAACAUCAUCACGUGGAAGUAUCAGUAUUGUAACUCCUUCACAAAGAAAGAGUUUUUCAUCUUCCCAACCUCCUUCACUAGUCAAUGCCCAAUCCUUGACCAAUCUUCAAAAUAGUCUUUCAAGCUCUUUUAAUACUUCUUCUAAUGUAGUCACUCAAACAGGUGUAACUUCUGUAGGAGAUAAUAAGAAUGGAAAAUCAUGUGCCUUUGUGAAUGUAAUUUUCCCAAAACCAUUCUCCAAACAACCAAUUGUUCAUGGGCAGGUAUUGAUUGAUCAACACACAAUGACCUCUUCAUCUCAAGGUGUUGUAAAGGAAGUUUCAAAUACAUAUGCUGUCACAAUACUUUCAACCACAACAACAGGAUUUUGUUGUGCUGUGAGAAGAGUAUCAAAGAAGAAGGAAAAACCUUGGAUUAGUAAUAUUAGACUUCAAUGGUUUGCCACAUUGCCAUCAUUUUGCAGUGGUAGAACAGUUGUUGGAGUUCCUAAUCCAAUUCAUACACCAAAUGUUAACAUUCCUUCAGGAAUGCAUGGCUCUUCUUCUUCCGAUACUAUCAUGAUGCUUGCCAAUGGUAAUAACAACUCAAUGAUUAUGAAUCCUUCAAUUUCAAGUCAAGCUGCCAAUUCUAAUAAUUUGGUCUAUUUAAUGUCUGUAACUAUUAAUUUACCACCAAUACCAACAAGUUGGAAUCAUGGAUAUAAUGGAUCAACGGCUACCCAUCCUUCAAAACAACACGCUGUUUAUACAUCAACUGGAGAUUUAUAUUCUUCAUCAUUUGAUAGCAAAUCCUUGAUGAAUAGUCAAGUUACUGUUCCUGAAAGUCCAACAGUCUCUACAAAUUUAAUGUACUCGAGCAAUACACCAACACUCAUACCAAGCCAUCCUCCAGUUGUCAUUGUAACACCUCAUUCAUCUGAUGGUAAUUCUGAUGAUACAUUUAUUGCUACUGUUAGAGAAGUUUAUCCAAAUAGAUUUGUUGCUGUUGUGAGGAGAAUUAGUUUUGACAGUGUUUCGAAACCUUGGACACAACCAAUCAAACUCAAUUGGACUGUUUUUUACAAUUCACCUCAAAUUCCAAAUCCAUUCGGAAAGGAUUGCAUUAUCAAAGCUGGAAUUUUACCUGUUGGACAAAAUAUUACAAAUGAUGAUUAUGUUGAUAGAGAAAUUAGAUUUUUACAAAAUGAUAUUCCAAAUAUUCCUGGUAAUGAUUUUGUAAUGCCAAGAAUGGUUAUUUGUACACCAAGAUGUGAUCCUCAACUUCCAAGUAAUGAUAUUCACUCUGUAACUAUCAAGACAAUUUCUCCGUAUGGAUUUUCUGUUAAUUUAAGACAUGCUGACAGUAGAACUUGGCAUCAAAAUUUGUACAUAUGCUAUCUUGCCUUCUAUAAGGUCAAGAGACCAAAGACCAAGAAGAAUGAAUCAGAUGUUGUUUCACAACCAUCCAUCGCCAAGAAGAACAAAACUAAUGGACCAACGGUAGUACCUUACAAUACCCAAAUUUUCAUCAAGAAUUGUACUAAUGGGUUUGUUUUGGAGGCCAAUUUGAAUGACAACUCGGUUGUUAUCACCAGUGAAAAGUCAUUCCUUCUUUCACAAUCUCAAAGAUUUAUAUUUAGAGAAUCUGGAUUUAUAGAAUUAUCUCAAAAUUGCGACUAUGUAUUAGAAUGUAUCACACUGGAAGAAGGUUCAGAUAUUGUUGUUAGCGAGAAACGAGACUCUGACAAUGCAACACAAAAGUGGCUUGUUUUCCAACCAGUCAAUCCACUUUCUACAGAAAGUGUCUGUAUUGCAAACGUUGGUAAUUUGAACCUUGUUUUGGAUUGUGAAAACGGCCGAGGAAGUUCUCCUUACCUAUCAACUCUUAACAUGUCUGUUGGCAGUUCCAGCUCACAACAAGCUGAUGAAACUACACCAACACUUGCUGGUGAAAAUUCACACGAUCAUACUCUCACCAUCAAAGACAAAUCAAAAACUCAACAAUGGAAAUUCACCAUGGUACAAGAGAAUUUAUAAAUUUUCAAUUUACCAUUUC